AUGAGCCUACGGCGGUGCGCGGAUGUCUGGAAGCUGGGCACGGUGGGCUACUCGGAGUCCCUCAAGCUCCAGCAGAAGCUGCUGGCGGAGAGGAAGUCGGGGAAGAUUGCCGACACCGUCCUCUCCCUCCAGCACCCACCGACCUUCACCCUCGGCAAGCGGCGUACGUACCACAACCUGCUGCUGCCGGAGGCCGACCUGAACUCCAUCGGCGCCGAGCUUCACGUCACGGAGAGAGGCGGCGACAUCACCUUCCAUGGUCCUCACCAGGCCGUGCUCUACCCCAUCGUCUCCCUCAGAGAGAUCGGAUACGGCGCGCGCAGGUACGUGGAGAGCCUCCAGGCGGCGAUGGUUCGGCUGGCGGCGCUCUACGGCGUGAAAGCUCGCGCAGGGGCGGCGGAGGAGGUGGGCGUCUGGGUGGAGAACCGGAAGAUCGGGGCCGUCGGGGUGAGGAUCAGCGGCGGGUUCACCUGCCAUGGCCUGGCCUUCAACAUCGACCCGGACCUGAGCCUCUUCAGGCACAUUGUGCCAUGCGGGAUCUCGGACAAGGAGGUGACCUCGCUGAAGAGGGAGGCCGCGGUCUCCCUCCCCGCCGACGAGGUGAUCCAGGAGCAGCUCGCCGGCUGCCUGGUAGAAGCUCUCGGCUACGAUGAAGUCCUCUGGAGAGAGGAGUCCGAAGAUCUACUGAAGCGCCUUCGCCACUGA